AUCGUAGAUAGGGGCUUUGGGGCAAGUGCAUUCAAAGUUGUCGAGGAUCACACGCAUGUGCUUAUCACAUUCAUUGAUUUCAUUACUAAAAUCCUAGUAUUCUGCCGUUACGGUCGUAGCAUUAUUGCAAGCAAUUCUUUUACAUCUUCUCUUAAGAUCCAUAUGUCAAAGGAUCAAAAUCUAAGCCGUGAGGCCGAAGCGCGGUUACUCCGUGGCUUUCGGAAAUUUUUUAUCGAGCUAGUUUGUACUGUUGCUGCUGGUAUAAUUAACACGCUCCGGGUCAUCAUUGCAACCCUUAGUCUCUUCUUGGUAAAAGGUGGAUUUGCAAUUAAACAGGUGUGUGGCAACUUCGGUAUGACAUUUCCUCCGGAAGGAUUACUUGCGAGAUCAUGAAUGAAGAUCGGCUGCGC